AUGGCAAAAGACGUAUUAUGGGUUUCAUUUUAAAAACCGCUACAUUAAGUGGUGGUGAGAAGCUAUUACCCUAUUUAAACAAUACAUCUUUGGCUCUUGAAAACCAAGUAAAUUUUGAAAUUUUACCCAAGCUAAGGAAAAUAUAUGAAAAAGAAAAUAAAUCCAUCAACUUUUCUCCGAUUGCUUAUAAAUUUCCUCAAACUGUACCGGAAGAGUAUAUCCUCUUCGAGGAUUUACAAUAUAAAGGUUACAGAUGUUUUGGACAAUCGGGUGGUCUUGGCAGCAAACAAAUAGAAAUUGUUUUGACAAAUUUGGCAGCAUUUCAUGCUGCAAGUGUAACUUCAAACAAAUUUGAAAUGAUUUCCGAGAAAUCCUCAAGGAAAAUGCCAUCCAUUUCCGACAGGAUUUUUAAGGAGCAUUUGCAUAUUUAUAAUUUGCUAAAAUAUGAAGACACAAUUAAAUCUUUACAAACUAAAUUUUUGGAGCCGCAAUAUUAUUUCAAUCCUCAGGAAUUUCAGGUGCUUUCAUUGGGCAAUUGCACCCUGGAUAAUAUGUUGUUCCAUAUGGAUGCAUUUGGCAAUAUUAAAGAUUGUGUUUUCCUCAAUAUUGGUUAUUGUUCGUAUGACAGCCCCGCCAAGGAUUUGUGGUAUAUUUUGCUGUCAUCAAUCAAUACGGAUGAGCUAAUAACCAAAUUAGAAUAUUAUGUCAAAUUCUAUUAUGAUCAAUUGACAAGCUUUUUGAAACAGCUGAAAUUAAAGGGAACUUUGCUGAAGUUGUCGGAUUUGCAUUACGAAAUGAUGAAAAAUAAUAAAUGGGAUUCUAGUGUUAAAUUUGUUAACCACGAUAACAAAGUCUUGUUAACCACGAAGUCAGGAACCAACGAACUUCUCAGUGAGGUGGUAUCGCUGGUAACGUAA